AUAGAAAAUAAUAGAAAAACAAGCUAAGACCCUGAAUGCGUGUAUUGUUUUGGUGAAUUAUUAAGACUUUCUGUGGUUUUAGAUUCUUCUCGCCGUCUGUGCCAGCUUUACUUACAUCUGGGUGUAUAAAAUCAGGAAAAAAAAAAAGAAAAGAAAAGGAGAAAGGAGGAAGGAGGAGGAAGGAAGAGGAGGCUAAUGGAGGGGUCUGUUGCUCGGGCACUCUGGCGAGAGACUAUGGAGGUUUGGGUUGUUGUGGUCUUCCUUUCUGUCUGGAUUCCGGGGUUCGUCAAUGGUGCCACAAAUGAAACUGAUGCUUCUGCUCUUAGAAUUAUGUACAGCAGUCUAAACUCAGCAGCUCAGCUGACGGGUUGGAGCUCAGCUGGUGGUGAUCCAUGUGGGAAUUCUUGGAAAGGCAUUACUUGUUCAGGCCAAGCAGUUACAGAAAUCAAAUUAUCAGGUCUUGGGCUUACUGGAUCAAUGGGAUACCAACUAUCGAGUUUAACUUCAUUAACCACCCUAGACAUAAGCAACAACUUUCUUGGAAACCAGAUACCAUAUCAACUUCCUCCAAAUGUGCAGCAACUAAACCUAGCUGGAAAUUCUUUCAAUGGAGGAAUCCCGUAUUCUAUUUCUCAGAUGACUUCUCUUAAAUACCUAAACAUCAGUCACAAUCAACUUCAGGGCCAACUAAAUGACAUGUUUGGACAGCUUUCUGCCCUCACCACAUUGGAUCUAUCUUUCAAUUCGUUUACCGGAAAUCUUCCUGAGAGCUUUAGCUCUCUUUCAAGUUUGAAUACAAUGUAUUUAGAAAAUAACCAGUUUACAGGUCCUAUUGAUGUCCUUGCAAAUCUUCCCCUUGAUAAUCUGAAUGUUGCAAACAACCAUUUCAAUGGAUGGAUUCCUGAACAGUUGAAAAAUAUAAAGAAUUUGCAAACUCAAGGUAACUCUUGGAACUCAGGCCCUGCACCACCACCUCCACCAUAUACACCUCCACCUGGUGAUCAUACCAACCGAAAUCACAAAUCUGGAAGCAAUAGUAACUCAUCAGAUGGUAGUGGAGAUGGGAAAAAAUCAGGCAUUGGAGCUGGAGGGAUUGCAGGAAUUGUGAUAUCAAUUUUGGUUGUUGGUGCUAUUGUAGCAUUCUUUUUGAUAAAAAAGAGAACUAGAAAAUCCUUCUCAGAUGUGGAAAAACAUGACACGGAUCAGCCUUUUACCCCCCUUGCUUCAAAUGAAAUUCGAGAGAUGAAGUCCAUCCAGGCUCCACCAGCAGUUAGCACCAAGACAUUUGAGACUUCCACACCAAUUAACCUUAAACCACCACCUAUUGAUCGGCACAAAUCAUUUGAUGAUGAUGACUUUUCGAACAAGCCAGUUAUUGUCAAAAAGGGUAAUACAGAUCCGAUAAGUGCCACAGUGUAUUCAGUAGCUGAUCUGCAGAUGGCUACAGGAAGCUUCAGUAUAGAAAACCUUAUUGGUGAAGGGUCUAUUGGACGUGUUUAUCGGGCUCAAUUUGAUGAUGGGAGGGUUCUUGCUGUGAAGAAGAUAGAUUCGUCUGUGCUUCCCAACCAAUCUUCUGAAGAUUUCAUUGAAGUUGUUUCGAACAUCUCUCGGCUGCACCACCCAAAUGUGACUGAGCUGGUGGGUUAUUGUUCUGAGCAUGGGCAACACCUCCUAGUGUAUGAGUUUCAUAGGAAUGGUUCGCUGCAUGACUUCCUGCACCUCUCAGAUGAAUACAGCAAGCCAUUGACUUGGAACACUCGUGUUAAAAUUGCUCUUGGAGCUGCACGAGCAUUAGAGUAUUUGCAUGAAGUUUGCUCGCCAUCCAUUGUUCUUAAGAAUUUCAAGUCAGUGAAUAUUUUACUGGACAUAGAGCUGAAUCCUCAUCUUUCAGACUGUGGCUUGGCAAGCUUCAUCAAUGCAGAUCAGGCACUGAACCAUAAUGCGGGGUCUGGAUACGAUGCUCCUGAGGUUGCCAUGUCUGGCCAGUAUACUCUUAAGAGUGAUGUGUACAGCUUUGGAGUGGUUAUGUUGGAGCUUCUUACUGGUCGGAAACCAUUUGACAGCUCAAGGCAGAGAUCUGAGCAAUCUUUGGUUCGAUGGGCAACACCUCAGCUCCAUGACAUUGAUGCUUUGGAUAAAAUGGUUGACCCAGCACUUAAAGGACUGUACCCUGCCAAAUCUCUUUCUCGGUUUGCUGACAUCAUAGCACUGUGUGUCCAGCCGGAACCAGAAUUCCGACCACCUAUGUCUGAAGUCGUGCAAGCAUUGGUUCGGCUAGUGCAGCGAGCAAACAUGAGCAAGAGAACAACUGGAGAUGAACAAGGAGGAUCUCGACGAGCAGAUGAACCAGACGUACAGGAUUACACGUUUUAAGUUGCACACAGUCCGAUCCUUGGCGAGUGCUGUGUUUUGGUUGCUUUGAUUACAGAAUGAAAAGGGGACUUAUUGUCUUCAACUGGGAAGGGUAGCGAUGGAAGUUAUUAUUUUUCCUUGCAAGAGUGUCCAAAACAAAGCAAGUUUCCAUGGAUGUUUUUUUUCUUUUUUGUAAUUAAGCAUCUAUAUUUUUGUAUCUUCUAUUAAUUAGAUUCCCUACAAUCCUUUUUAUAAUCACCAACAGGAAAAUGCUGGACCAUUUCUAGAUUUGUGUCUCA